UACUACUCACUUCAACUCCAUUUGCUUGAGCCCCAGUAAGUAGAGAAGCUAUAUAUUUGCUAAGGCCAUCCAGAUCCCUUUAGUCUUUGAUUGCUUUCGGUAUAGAGCUUAGACAUUGCAAAGCAUAUCUAGACGUUGUAGUAAAGAUCUGUGAGAUUUGUAUUUACGUAAGUGUUACCACCAUGGCUGAAAACACUGUUAGUUUGAAGCUUUUGGUCGAGUCAACGAGCCAAAGAGUUCUGUUUGCUGAAGCCGGGAAAGAUUUUGUCGAUUUUCUGUUCAACAUUCUGUCAUUUCCUGUUGGCACUGUCAUAUGGCUUCUGAAGAAACAAGAAAUGGUGGGUUGCCUUGGAAACCUAUACGACAGCCUUGAGACUAUGAACGAUACCUACAUUCAACCAACAGCAAACAAAGACACCCUUUUGAAGCCUAUAGCGUCCAUCAAUGCUGCAAAUGUGCCUCCCUUGCUGCCAACAACCGCAUCAUCAAAAUCAAUCGAAAUUUACAUGUGUGAUCAAAGUUACUAUAAUCAAAGGUGUGGUCUCUAUGUCUCCUAUGAUUCUAAAUCCAUUUGUCCUUCUUGUAAUGGAGUUAUGAAAGAAAUCGCAACCGUUGUUAAUCCAGAAAAGAAGGAUUCAUCUACUGAUGAGGGAGGUUAUGUGAAAGGGGUUAUUACAUACAUGAUCAUGGAUGAUCUUUUUGUAAGGCCCAUGUCAGCCAUUUCUUGUAUCACUUUACUCAACAGGUUCAAUAUCAAGGAUGUAGGGGUUCUUGAAGAGAAAACCACUGAUAUAGGAGUCAAUGAGGGUGUGAAGUUGCUAAAGGCGUCCUUGCAGUCCAAGACUGUGCUCACUGAUGUGUUCAUUGAGAAGAAGGUGAGCGAAACUGAUGCUAGCAAUUCUGCUGGUGAAGUACAUUCAAUCGAGAUAUAAGAAAUGCUGGCCGAUUUUCAGUUUGCAAGUUUGUUUUAUGAGUCUUAGUCUAAGAAGGGAUGCUCAUUGGUUUUUCUUAAAACCUUAGCAGUCUGUAUGAGGAUCCUUUGAGCCUCUUUUGAGUUUUAAUUGCUAAAACUUAGCCCUUUUAGAGCUACCAUUUGUAUGUUAUAAUAGAAAUAUAAUAUGGAACUUGAAAAUGGUGAAAAUUAAAGCAUCCCUUGUUUCUCAAUUCAACUCAAUUUGUUUGAGACCCAGUGAAGAAAAACUAGUCAGAUAUUUGCUUAGGCCAUCCAAUUCUCAUUAGUCAUUAUACAGGCAGUAACUAUAUUCAAGUACUGUGAAUAUCUCACCUUUUAUCAUUAGUGUUUUUUCAUGGCUGCCCCCACUCCUAGUCCCACCACAAUUAGCCUAAAGCUUCUUAUAGACCCAAAAUCCCACAGGCUUCUCUUUGGUGAAGUAAAGAUUUUGUUGAUCUUUCGAGCAUUAUGUCAUUGCCUGUUGGCACUGUGAUAAGGCUCCUUAGUGAACAAGGAAUGGUGGUUGCAUCAGAAACAUCUACGACAGCAUUGAAAAUCUGGACAAUUUCUACAUGUUGUCAGCAGCAAACAAAAACAUCUUUUUGAAGCCACAAGCAUUUACUAUGCUGUUUAUGUACCUCCCUUGUUUCCAUCCAUGCAACCUCCAACUUACACCAAUUUUUAUAGGUGUACUAGCUCCUAUCCAAGAGACAGGUGUCACAAUAUGGCAAAUGGUCCAAAAUCCCGCUGUCCUUGCUGUACCAGCGUUAUGGACAGUAAUUUCACUUUUGCGAAUCUGCCAAACAAGGUUGGGGGAGGUUUUGUCAAGGAAACUGUAACUUAUAUGAUUACAGAUGAUCUGGUUGUGGGGCCUCUGCCCACUAAAUCUAUUAUCACUUUGCUCAACAAGUUCAACGUCAAGGAUGUGGUUAAAGAGAAAGUCAUUGUUGUGGGAAUUAAUAAGGUGAAAGAAUAUUUUCUUGUUCCUUAACUUGUUUAUUUAUGUAAAGUGAACUUCAAGCAUGUCAGUCCAAUAGUAUAACUUGAAACUAUAUGGCUUUAUGUAAUCCUCAAACCUUUAUUUAUAAUAACCUCAAUCUUGGGAUCUAAGCAAUACUUGGAUUUCAUGCUAAAGAAGGUAGCCAUAUCUCUUCAAGGAAGGAAUUGCAAAAAUUGCAAUUGUCCAUAAAUUUAUCCCUCUUUUAGCAGGGACCGAAUCUCCCUUGAAGUUGAAAACCUUAUCCCUAUACUUGGAGCUAAAUGAUCUAAAAAUGAUACCAUUUUCAUGUUAAAAUAGAAAUACCAUAUGAGACUUUAAAAUAGGGGAAAGAAUCCUUGUUACUCACUUCAACUCAAUUUUUUGAGAUCCAAUGAAGAAAAGUAUUGUUGAGCAUUGGCCUGCACUGCAACAAAAGACCAGCAGCAGCUCAGCAACAAGACUAGCAGAAGCUCAACUUGGAGAUCAGCAUUGGAGUUUAACCGAAUGCUAUAACUUCCUCAGUUCAUUUUGUUCUAUGAAACUUUGUUUAGUUUCCUUGUAAUUUGUCCAAAGUUAGUAGGAUUAGUUUGUUGAUUUGAAUUGAUGUAACAGCUGAUAUGUCAGCUUGCU